CUACAUACUGGGAAUUAAAAUAUAAGUGUGAAUAGUUGUUUAUUUAAAACAAGACGAAAGUCAGUCCAAGUCCUUGAAAGUUGAAAUCAAUUGUGUCUUAGUGUUAAUUUAAAUUGGGAAAAUAGUUACCAAUGGAGUCUUCAGGUGCAUUUUUGAAGCAAGUGAAUGCCCUCAAAUCUUUCUCAUCUUGUCAAGAAUUUUUUAAAGGAAUAAGUAAAGAGGAACUUAUCAAUGGCUCCUUCUCCAAAGCCAUUCCUCUGGCAUGCAAUGCUCUUCUGCAGCCUGUGCUCACAAGCACAGUUGGCUCCCACCUUCGACCAUGGCUGCCUGAACUUCUGCGGGUCUUAGCCUGCCAUCCCAUUCUGUCUACACAAUUUCUAAUCCAGACAACUCCUGACAGAGAAGAAGAGAAAGACAAUCUAAACCUUUCAGUUACAGAUGACAUAGAUGAGUUGGCAAGAAAGAAAUCCAAAGUUUUUAUAAAGCACAAUGAACUGCAAUCAAAGUUGGGUCUGUCUAAAAAGAAAAAGAAGAAAACUCAUGAAAAGCCUUCAAGUAGUGAACAAGCAAAAACUAAACGAGAUGCAGAGGAAGUAGAACCUGCAAUGUCCAUUAGCUCCCCUCAAUACUGCCCACUCUACCUGAAGAUGCACCGCAGCCUGUGUGUGGCAGUUACGCAGCUCCUUCCAAUCUCCCCACAUGCUGUCUUACAGUUUAUGCUGGAGUACUUUGAGAAGCAUCCUCCCCCCUAUGCGGGCAUGCAGCAGCUGCAAAUUGGACAACAAUCUCUUCCUAAGAAGCAAAAGUUCGACUUUGAAGUUACAAUUCCUGACAUCUCAAUGGAGACUGUGCUUGAGAGUUCUUAUCUGAUGGUGCUGGCUGCGGAGAGUGAGCUAGCAGAGCUCUGGCAGUGGCAGGACCUCAUUACAUUUACUGCCAGCCAACAGUCAGACUUCAUCAAGUGGGUGUGCUGUGCAUGUGUCGGUCUGCUGAGUGGCAUGACGGAGGCACAGAAGGAGGAGCUCACCCAGCGGCAUGUCUCUACUGACGUUGCUGCAAAGUUCUCCGUCGCCUUCGCGCUGCGUCAGCAGAAACUGCAGGACAAACUGUCCAAGCUGCCUUGUGUGUGGGAUGAACAGUUAACUGGUGGUGCAAAGGAAGAAGAAGUAAGAGAGGACCGCCUCCCUCUGACGAUGCCUCUGAAACACACCUGCUUCGUGGGCAGGAACCUUCUGCCUCUGCACUCGUCCACUGCUAAGGUGGAGACGCAGCUGCUGCCGGUGGCGUCGACGCAGAACAACGUGUGCCGAGUCUGGGCGGGGCUGGAAGCUGCCAGACCCGUGCUGCUGGAGGGCGCCGUGGGCUGUGGCAAGACUGCCACCGUCGAGCACCUCGCCGCCCUCACUGGCCGCACUCGACCGCCCCUCCUUACCAAGGUUCAAUUGGGGGAGCAAGGGGACGCGCGCCUCCUGCUGGGUACGCACCGGUGCACAGCGACCCCCGGGGAGUUCGUGUGGACGCCAGGGACGGUGACGCGCGCCGUCCAGGCGGGCCACUGGCUGCUGCUGGAGGACGUGGACGCCGCCCAGCCUGACGUGGUGGCCGUCAUCACGUCCCUCCUGCAGAAACGCGUCCUCAUCGUCCCAGGCACGGGCGCCGUGAAGGCCCACCGCGACUUCAGGCUGCUGGGUACGCGGCGCCUGACGUCAGACGGGCGCCGUGUGGGGGGUGGCCCCGGUCAGCGCCUGGAUGCCCUCUGGUGCCGGGUGCUGCUCAGGCGCCUCACCAGGAGUGAGAUGAUCCGCGUCCUCGACUCCAGGUUCCCGAGACUGCGCAACAUCUCAGAGCGACUUGUGUCCGUUUACCUAACACUGGCUCCCGACCAACUGGUUGAAGAUGAUGUCACUCCUGUUGAGGAGUCUUCGGAGUCUCCAAUAGCAGCGCCCCUCAAGGGCACUACGGCCGUGAGCGCCCUUAGGGCGAGUGGACGCCUGCUCUGCUUCAGGGACCUCCUCAAAUGGGCAGGAAGAAUCAAUGCUAACCUGCAUCUUGAAGGAGCUCAGCUGGCCAACCUCGCCUUCCAGGAAGCCCUGGAUUGCUUCUGCGCGUCGGUUCCCAACACGGAGAUUCGCGACACGUUUGCCGAGCAGAUUGCCGGAUACCUGAAUCUCUCGUCGAGCGUCGCGGCACAAUUCUGUCACAGCUACAAACCCACCGUAUCUUUGAUGGGGCCCUUCGUGCGUGUGGGAGAAAGGGCCAAGCUCGCUAAACUUCCUGUGUCUGUAGCAGCCCUUGUAUCAGGACCCAAAAAAAAUACCCCGUUCAGCUUCACCCGUCAAAGUUGCCUGCUGCUGGAACGUAUUGCUGUCGCUGUGAGCAACAAAGAACCCGUUUUAAUUGUGGGAGAGACGGGCACGGGUAAGACGACAGCUGUGCAGUAUCUCGCACAGCAAACUAAUCACAAGCUUAAAGUGAUCAAUAUGAACCAGCAGAGCGACGCCACCGAUUUGCUUGGAGGGUUCAAGCCUGUCGAGGUGAAGACCAUUCUUUUCCCUCUCAGGGAGGAAUUUGAACAGGUCUUUGCUGUCACAAUGCCCGAGAAAACAAAUUUUCUUCGCCACAUCAUGGCGGCUUAUGGGAAACGGUCGUGGAAAGUCCUAAUUGAGCUCAUGCUUGGGGCCGAAAAGUACGCUCUUGAAAGACUCCAUAAGGAAGACGCCGAACUGCGGGACAAAUUAAAGACGCUUCGCCAGCUGACUAAAUCAGUCUCUAAACAAUCUGCCCAACCCAAGAAGAAGAAGAAAAAAACUGACACGGCCACUGCUAAACAAGAAACCCUUGAAGAGAAGCAGGAGUUGGAGGAGUCGCUGCAGGAAAAGCAAGACCUCGUGAAGCGCUGGGGAAAGCUCAGGGUGAAGCUUGAGCAAGCCAAAGGCCACGUGGAGAAGUGUCAGAGUGCCCUAGCCUUUGCCUUCAUCGAGGGAGCUCUCACCAGGGCUAUAGCUGAGGGCGCAUGGGUGCUUCUGGACGAGAUCAACCUGGCGACGGCCGAGACUCUGGAAUGUCUGGCAGGUCUGCUGGAGUCGACGACGGGGUCCCUGACGCUGCUGGAGCGUGGCGACGAGACGCCCUUGGUGCGCCACCCCGACUUCCGUCUGUUUGCGUGCAUGAAUCCCGCCACAGACGUGGGCAAGAAGGAACUCCCGCCAGGGCUCAGGAACAGGUUCACGGAACUCUUCAUGCACGACCUCGACAACAAGGAGGACCUCGAGACCCUUAUUGCUGACUACCUCAUUGAGAGAAACCCCACUCCGAAGCAAGUGCAGGGCAUCCGCCGUCUGUAUGAGGAGGUGCGUCGAAGGGCGUCGGUGAAGGGGGAGCUGGGAGAUACGACGGGGGCGGCACCUCACUACACUCUCAGGACGCUGUGUCGCGCUCUAGCUGUCGCCGCCCCCAACCCCGCGCACAACUUCGACAGGUCACUGUAUGAAGGCUUUUGCCUGUCGUUCCUGACGCAGCUGGAUCGCGCCUCAUUUCCUAUCGUCGAGAAUCUGAUCCUGCAGUACCUCAUAGUACCCAAGAAGUGCAAGUCAUUGCCUGACACCUCAAGUUUGUUCAACAAAAUCAAGGCCCGCUUCAGCAAGGUCUUGCCUCACCCCGGCAGCGUUGUGGAGACCAACGAUGGCAGUGAUGUUUGCAGCGUACCUGAGGGGACAGUCGUUAAGGGCUACGUCAUGGUUUCAGGGUACUGGAUUAAUAAAGGCGUGCUGGAUCCCGUAUCAGAUGACCAGUACAUCCUGACGCAGAGCGUCCAAUGGAACCUGCGCAGUGUGGUGCGCAUCGUGAGUCUGGGUGAUGGAAGCCCUGUGUUGCUUCAGGGAGACACAUCGGUGGGCAAGACCUCUCUAGUGACCUACCUGGCACGCAGGUGCGGUGUUCCUUGCAUCCGUAUCAACAACCACGAGCACACUGACAUCCAGGAGUAUUUGGGCAGCUAUGCCCCUGACGAGACUGGCAAACUGGUGUUUAGGGAAGGUGCUCUUGUCACUGCCAUGCGUCAAGGUCAGUGGAUAAUCCUUGACGAGCUUAACCUGGCACCCACAGACGUGCUGGAGGCACUCAACAGGCUUCUGGACGAUAACCGCGAACUUUACCUGCCCGAGACGCAGGAGACCGUGCAUGCUCAUCCCAACUUCAGGCUGUUCGCGACGCAGAACCCUCCUGGUCUGUAUGGUGGUCGCAAAGUCCUCUCCAGAGCUUUCAGAAACAGAUUCAUAGAGCUUCACUUCGACGACAUUCCCGGCCAGGAGCUGGUGGAGAUUAUCCACAAGCGUUGCUGCUUGUCAGUGCAGCACAGCAAGAAGCUGGUGUCAGUGCUGCAGGCGUUGCAGAUGCGGCGUGGCAGAGACAAUGUCUUCCAAGGGCGGCAGUCGCUAGUUACAUUGCGCGAUCUUUUCCGUUGGGCCGAGCGCUACCAUCUUGCGGAGCAGCCCAACGAUAGUGGUCAGUUUUAUGAGUGGGAGCAGCACCUUGGCGACGAAGGAUACCUCGUUUUGGCCGGCCGUGUCAGAAACGAAGAGGAACAUCAGCUCAUCAAAGAAGUCAUUGAAGAAAAUAUGCGCUGUAAGAUCAACCCUGACAGACUGUUCAAGCUCAGCGAGGAGACUUCGCCCGUGACUCGGGCGGUCCUAGAGAAGUUGGAGUUAGUGAAAGGCUUCGAGCACAUGGUCUUCACUGACGACAUGCGUCGCCUCUACGUUCUGCUGGCCAAGGCCUUGAGCUUCGGAGAACCUGUCCUGUUAGUAGGAGAGACGGGCUGUGGCAAGACUACAGUCUGCCAGAUGAUCGCGGCGCAGGAGGACCAACAGCUCUACAGUGUCAACUGCCACAUGCAUACCGAAGGAGCUGACUUUCUUGGGGGUCUGCGACCCGUCAGAAACAGAAGUGACCUCGAAGACGAUCGUUUGUUCGAAUGGGUUGAUGGGCCUCUCAUCCAUGCGAUGCGGGACGGUGGCAUGUUCCUAGCAGACGAAAUAUCCCUUGCAGAUGACAGCGUGCUGGAAAGACUCAACUCUGUUCUAGAGUAUGAACGAACUCUGGUACUGGCAGAGAAAGGCUCAAGUGAUGUUGGCGAUGUGCUGAAGACCGACGUUGUCGUUGCUCAUGAAAAGUUCCGUCUUGUCGGAACGAUGAACCCUGGCGGCGACUACGGCAAGAAAGAGCUUUCACCCGCCAUGCGCAACAGGUUCACGGAAAUCUGGUGCCCAAAAAUUGAGAUUCAGCGAGCUUCCUCUGAUGUGCUAACAAUUGUCGAGCAUAACGUUAGGGAAGGACUUGUGCUGAGCGAUGACGGCAGCGGCAAGUCUGGCAUCGGCACGGCAAUGUUAGAGUUCCUGCAGCUUUUCACUAGUUCGGAGCAAGGCAAGCGCUGCACCAUCAGCAUCAGGGACAUUAUAUCCUGGGUGCAGUUUAUCAAUAAGGUGACACUGCCCGAAGGCGGCGGACUGGAUGUGGGGCUGGCUUAUAUCCACGGUGCGUGCUUGGUGCUCCUCGACGGUCUAGGCUCUGGGCUUACGGGCACUGGCUUGUCUGGCUGGGAAGAGCUGAAAAACGUCAGCUUGAACUUCUUAUACCAGCAGGUCUGGAAACUGACAGGCCGGAAACCUGAUCGCGCGACUCUUGAAGACACUUGUGCCAGUGACCUCCGCUUCGUGGACGAGAUACAUAGAUUCGGAAUCGACCCUUUCUUGAUCGAAAAGGGGGAGUGUGGAGCGUAUAAAGACGCCCAGUUUUCGUUCCUCGCUCCGCGUACCUGCAUCAAUUUGGUACGUGUGCUGCGAGGACUGCAGCUGAGCAGACCUCUCCUGCUGGAAGGUAGCCCUGGAGUGGGCAAGACUAGUCUCGUGGUGGCUCUGGCUAAAGCCUCGAACAACAACAUAACGAGAAUCAAUUUAUCUGAGCAGACAGACGUGAGUGAUCUGUUUGGUGCUGACCUGCCGGUUGAGGGAGCCAGUGGCGGGAGGUUCGCAUGGAGGGACGGGCCGCUACUUCAGGCACUGAGAACCGGGUCAUGGGUGGUUCUAGACGAGUUGAACCUUGCCUCCCAAUCGGUGCUGGAAGGCUUGAACGCUUGUUUCGAUCACCGCGGGGAAGUGUUCGUGCCAGAAUUGGGCCAGACCUUCAAAGUGGCCCACAAAACCACCAAAAUAUUCGCGUGUCAAAACCCACAGUAUCAAGGCGGUGCCCGUAAAGGUCUCCCGCGUUCGUUCCUGAACCGAUUCACGCAGGUUCACAUCGAACCCCUUUCAUCCUCUGACCUGGAAUUCAUUCUAUUGAACAUUUAUGGAUCGCAAAUAGACCCAAAGACCAUCACCAGGAUGGUCGAGCUGAACAAACGGCUAAAUGAAUCCUGCGAGACAGGCGAGUUUGGAGUCGUCGGAGGCCCCUGGGAACUAAAUCUUCGUGACCUUUUCCGAUGGUGCGACUUGAUGCUUCGCUUUGGCCAUGCCACGCCGAGUGAUGAUGUGGCUCAAGCCAUGCCACGUGACGAUGUUGCUCAAGUCAUGCCACUCCGCCAGAUGGUCGAUUUGUUGUACGCUGCCAGGAUGCGAACGCCUUCCGACCGACGCGCCGUACACGCCACAUUCUCCGCCGUAUUCCCUGAGUACGCCGCAGAAGGAUCCCCUGAGCCGCUUCUCCACCUUACCAGCACCCACUUCCAUGUGGGGGUCAUCAGCCUCCCUAGAGGUUCUGCUCCACAUCAGGUGGGUCGAGACAUGGGAGCGCAGGUUGUGGCUCGCGAUCAGCUGGUGCAGCUGCAGCAGGUGGCCACGUGCACCGCGAUGGGGUGGCUGGUGCUGCUGGUGGGUGCAGCUGGUGCAGGCAAGAGUGCACUGGUUCAGCAGUGCGCUGCACUCACCGGUACACCGCUGCGCACCGUGCAGCUCUCGCCCCAGAUGGACGUGGGUGAACUGCUGGGCGGCUUUGAGCAGGUUGACCACGGACGCAAGCUGGGGGGUUUGGUUGAAUCAACCCGAGACCUGGUUAACCUGGUGGUGAAGCACAUCCUGGUGGAGGGGCGUUCCCCUCCUGAUGGGGCUGCAGCUCCCGACACCCAGUUGCUGCUGGCCAAUCUAAAGCACUUGAUCACCCAACAACAGCAUCGCUGCGGUGAGCGCAGCAGCAGCGAGGAAACUCGGCAGUUCUUGCAGCAGUGCGACCGCCUCGUGCAGCUACUGCAGCAGACGCUGCACUGCUGCACGCAGCUGCUCCUGCCUUGCCAGGCUAGUGUGCAGCAGCUCCUGCAUCAGGUGCAGCAUCUGCAGCACGUGGUGCAGGAGGCAGGAGGAUUAGCGUCUGGAGGAAUCUUCGAGUGGGUUGAUUCGCCCCUCGUCGUGGCCAUCAGAGAGGGCGAGUGGGUUGUGGUGGAGGGCGCUUCUCUAUGCGCCGCCUCGGUGCUGGACCGCCUGAACCCGUUGCUAGAGCCUGGUGGAUGCCUCCUGCUGGGGGAGCGUGGGGUCAUAGGGGGCGCCGUGCCCUCCGUACAACCCCACCCCAACUUCAGGCUGUUCCUCCUCAUGGACCACACCUGUGGGGAGGUGUCCCGCGCGAUGCGCAAUCGUGGCGUAGAGAUAUUCGUGCCACCGCUGAUGCAGAGUGCCGCCUUCCAUGAGGAUUUCACCGCAUCCUCCACCGUAUCCUCCGCCACACCACACGACUCAAGGAGCGUCGACUCCGGUCUUUCCACCGAUGGGGAUUCCUCCUCUGACUCAGGAGACGAGGAGGUCGUGACGAAGGAGGAGGUCGUCACGAAGGAGAUGUCCUUGGAGGCGGCCGCUCUUGACGUGACCGCUCUUCUGGUGGUCAACGGCCUCCAGUGCCCCGGCCUGCAGAACUGCCUGGUGGCCGUCCAUACGGCCGUGGCGAGUGCCGUACCUGCAUACGUACAGCCAAGCCUGGGCCAUCUGCUGCAGGCGGCGCAGCUGAUGGUGCAGCUGCAGCAGGCGGGAGAAGCGGAUAGCCGUGCACUGGAGCUCGCCUGUACAGAGUGCUACGUCAGCACGCAGGGCAACUUGGAGCUGCAGCGGCAAAUGGCGUGCGUGGUGCAGCGUUCUCUGCGCAAAACGCAGCACCUGCAGCAGUGCAAGACCUGGCCUCCGCUGGGGGCUCUAACCCUGCAGACGCGGGCGUUACAGCAACACGGAGCUGCAACCUCCCUGGUGACGCAGACCGUCGCCUUCCUCCAGUGUCUUGUCAUCGGCGCCACGUCACCCGAUAAAGUUACUAACGUAUGGGCGCGAGCUCCGUUGUCCCAGAUUGAAAAUUUCCCCGAUCUGAGGAUUGCAGCCCCUGAGCUGCUCACUAUCACACUUGCUUCUCUUCCUGUCAGCAGUUGGCCUUUGCUACUGCAUGGUGCCAAGUCAUUGAUCAAGGAUAGAAAGGACGGAAUUAAAGUCAUCGCCGAGUUGAGCGAUGUAGCCCAAGCCCUCAAGGCAGGCAAGUUAUGUGUGAAGGAGGAACAACAGAGUUCAUGUCUCGCUGACCCGCGAUUCCACGCAAACGCCGCCAGUUACGAAGACAUGAAAAGCAGCGAUUUGACCAACAGGCUUCUGCUAGGUGUGUGGCGGACUCUUGUUCGCUCUGCAACAUCCUCCAAAAUGGCGAAGAAAUCCAACGAUGGCCAGUCAGUGCUGCAAGUUUCUCGGGCCAUCAGUCAGAAGAAGUUGGACAAAGCUUUGGCACCACAUGCCUGUGUUCCGCACCUUCAGCCUCUCCUCACGCGCCUUGAUGCAUUCAUAGAGGAUUUCUGUGCUGCCUCUGACCAAGUCCAUUUUUCUGACUUGCAAUGGGAGGAGCUCUGCUUGGUUCUACGUUGGAAUGAUCGUCUUAGCAAGCUUUUGUCAGCCCCUGACUCGCUUGCAUUAUUCAAGCUCCUUUUACCGCAAGUAGUACUGCACUGGCAAGUCUUCCAAGACAGGCUCUUCAAAAAUAUUCCUGCUGAGUGGAUCGUGAAGACAGCGAGCUACAACAAGCUCAACAAGACAGUGCAGAAACUAACGAGCGUUUUUUCCGUGAACUGUGGCCCCGUGCACGAGUUCGCUUCUCAACUCAGUCUUCAACUUCCUCACCCCAACGCCUUCCCAACACAAGACAUGGCCGAAGCACACUUACUUCUUGCCAGGCUCAGCGAACGUCUUCUCCCCAACGCUCGUAACAGGUCUCGAUGCUCAUUGCUCCUUUCUCGUGACGUAAUUAACGCGAAAAGUCGGCUCAUCACCCUUGCUUCGGACUUCCUAAGAGCUAGGAUCGCGCCCAAGGAAGUGUUGAAGCGCUUGCGCGAGAUCGAGAAGUUCAUGGACGCUGCUCACGAGACCUCAGAAGUGGGCUCAGCAGCUGCCCUAAACAACAAAAAAGCUGCUUUGCGAAUGCAAAGCUGGCCGCUGCUGGACUUGCUUACGUCUCAGCAGCUGGCGCAGUUUUUCAUUGACCAGCGUUUGAGAUCCCAUAAGCAGCGCGCUCAUCUCCAGGAGUUGUUGAACUCUGCGCCCUCAGGACCCCUUGAACUCCUCGACGGAGAACCAAAAAGUAUAGGCUGGGUGCGUGCUCACCUCCACACUCUGCUGUCCACAUCCACUGCCUGUCGGAGCGUCCGUGACUGGUUGUGUCGCGGGUCUAACCGUCACAAAGCGACAAAGCCUCAGCAAGUCGAAGUGGAAGCCAAGAUUCACGAGACUGCAUCUUGGGCGGUGCUGAGUCCUGUGCAGUGUCUGCUGUCCAGUAUCUUGUCUCUCGGCUCGAACAAGGAUGCCGUGCAGAUGCUGCAAGUGGGCGUGCACGCAGAAAAAGCUUCUCAACUGCAAGAUGAGCGUUCAACACUCUGGACCAACUGGCCUGUCAUUGCUGACCCCGCAAUGUCUCCUUCUGUUGUUUUUUCCAAAACCGUUGCGAUGUUCUGCAAAAACUUGACGCACGCUAUCAGAAAGGUAAUGGAUCCUAAUAAACUCACGAGGGGCAGUGAUUUGGCGCUAGAUUUGUGCCGCCUCACGACCUUCAUCCGCGAUAAAAGCGCGACGCCUGACGUGGCGGGUUUGCUCGAUGAGAUCCAAGCAUGCAGCUCCGUGCUUAACGAAGCUCCAGAAGAUGCGGACCUCGUCAAGGUGGCUAAACUUGGAGCGGCCAUGGGUGUACUACAAGGUUGGGUUGCGGGGCACCUUGAAGCCAUGGACCCAACGGAGAAAAGAAAGCUGUUGUUGCUCUAUGCUCAGCAGGAUGAAAAGCGUAUCAGUCAAGAAAUACUCCUUCAUUCUUGGAUCAAUAUCUUGAAGGGUGGAAAGAAAAUCUCUGCCUCAAACGAGACAGGCGACAGCCGUCAACUCCACCCACACGUCUCGCUUCUACGCCGUGGCCUCAGCGACGCCCAGGCGACGAUUGCAACCGUUGCUCUCGAAAUCGCGUACCGCCCCGGGGAAGAGGAAUACUCUCGUCUUUCUCAGGACCUCAGUCACUUCUUGAAGACAGCUUUCAACCCCUCAGUGGUGCUGGAAAUGAUUCAGAGUCUCUGCAAUGACCAGAUUACUACUCUUACCGUUGACCAGAUGGACCGCAAACUCGUCACACUCGACAAUUUCUUUGCUCACGUCCAUUCAGAGUUCAUGCUCUUUCGUGACGUGACCUCUCUCUUCAUGGAGGGUCUUGCCAUCACCGUACGCAGUCUGCGUGUGCUCAAUGCUCAAACUAGGAUAAAGCUCGCUGAGACUACUUGUGAGGCUAACACUACGAUGAUUUUGCAAAGAAUUUCUUCUUUCCCCAUCCUUCGGAACCCCAGAGACCCAAUGGACUAUUUGGUACACCUAGAAAGAGACGUAGGCUCCCUGACGAAGUUGUUGAGUUCUGUGGACGGGCAUGAAGCGAGCAGGAAGCGCUGCCAGAGCCUAGCCCUUCGAACAAGUCUCUUCGAGCUUCACUGUGCUGUAGUAACAGCGGGACGUCUUAAUGUCAACACUGCGGCAUUGCUAGGGGGCAUUGUGACCAAGGCUUUGGCCUGGUGGAGGAGACAAGAGGCCGAGAAGAAGCGCAAGGAGGAAGAAAACGCGAGUCUCUUCAGAUACAAAGCCAAAGAGCACGCCAAGAAUGAGACAGACGAAGAAACCCAGGUGCGAGAGUUUAAAGAAAUGUUUCCUAGUCAUGAGAAAGACUUUGAUGACUUGAACGAAAGCACUCUGGAACAAACACCACCAGAACCCGAGCCUAAAGCAGAAAUGGAGGAGGAUGCUAAUGAUUGGUUGCGAGAAGAACAGUUUUGGGAGAUCACCGAGGUUCACUUUGACCUGCUGUCCAAUCACUCGCCUCUCCCCCAAGAGCGCAGUGGUGAAUUAGGCAAGCGACACACUGCAAUCAAGGACUUCGGUGUGGUCCCUGCAGCCCUGCAGCGCGUCAAAAUGUUACACACAAUCUUGAGCUCGUGUGGCCCCGUGGCCACUUGUGACCUGGAUCGGUCGUGCGUGGGGUCUCACCUCAUCUUCAACCACGCGGCUUGCAAGUCCCUGCAAAACCCGCAACUCACAGCAAUCCUAGUCAAGCCUAAUAAUUUCUACGUUGACUGGCGACCGUCGGAGGCCACGAAACUUCGACCGCUACUGAUGCCACUACUCGACAGAAUCGACGAAUUACUCCUCGACUGGCCGGAACAUCCGACAUUGCUGCUCGUCAUCAGUGUCGUCAAGCGCGUCCUGCAAUUUUCGGUGACGUCUCCCCUUCCAAAGUUGCUUGCGGGGCUCGAAGCUGUGCUACUGAAGGCGGCCAUAUGGGAGGCCAACGCCCAUAAAGGAGUAUCGUUGGUGGUGCACCUCAACGCCAUCAAAAGCCAGGUGGUGGAGUGGCGAGCGAUCGAGCUGCAUGAGUGGAAGAAUUGCAUCGACCUUGUCACCUACAACGAAGCUUUUACCUCAAAAAUGAAGUGGUGGCCUCAUCUCUACGACUCUCUCUCUGGUCAGGACUGGGAUCCUGAAACCGUGCAGUCCCUUGCACAUAUUCUGCGUGAGCUCAUGGAAAAUGCCACUCUCGGUGAAUUUGAGUCUAAACUCUUAUUACUUGAUGCUUUCCACAGACAUCUCCUUGUAUCAAAGUCCCCUUAUCUUGACGUGUGCAAUAUUCUAAGCAACGUCGUCAACUACUAUACCCAGUUCAUGCCGGCAGUGAAGGAAGCUCUGGCUAAACAGCGCGCCGAAAUUGAAAAACGCGUCAAAGAGCUCGUCAAGGUUGCUAACUACAGCAUCGCGACCUACAGGGACAUCGACCAGGUUCGCAGCAAGGUAGACAAGUCGUGCCGAGGCUUGCACUCGCUCAUGAGUAAGUGGAAAAAAUUUCUGCGUAUCAACAACCGCGACAUUUGGGCCAAGGAUGCUGUUGAGGAACUCAAGCUCUCGGGUGAAGGAGUUUGGGACACGAAACGCACCACUCCUGUCACUGUCACCAGCAUCCCUCCUCCACAUCCGGCGGUAUCUAGUCCUAUGUUGGGUGUCAAAACAGGGUCCCUGCUUGACUCUCUUGAUAAUUACUGCAACAAAUCGCAGAAAUUCGUUGGUAAAAUCCUUGAAAGUCUCCACUACAAUGACUGCGUUGAGAGCGUCGAGGAUGUGACCGUGUCCAUCAUCGAGGCCUAUCAGAAACUUUCGGCUGACCUCUCGUUGUCCACAAAUGAGACGGAUAAAGAGGUGCGCCUCAGGAAGAUGAAGGACGUGAUGAAACAGCGACGUGUGAGUGUUACACGUCUCUUCAAACAGCUUGCUGACAUGGGCGUGCGAUACCAUCGCGGUAACACACUCUGGACCGACGACUUCUUCGCCAAAAUAUUCCAAGGGAGCAGCAUCGUAAUAGGCACUCUAAAUCUCUCCGAUAGUACCGCGAAACAGUUUACCGUACAAUGGGCGGGUUGUGAUAAAUAUUACUACAGGAGUCUCAAUAGAAUGCAGCUGUUACUGGAGCGUCUAACUCUGCCUCACCAGGACCUUGGUCCAGACCUCAUCAAGCGAAUGCGAGGAGCUUGCAAGCACCUCAUGCUUCUCUCGACUGACCUCAGGCUGCAGUCUACACAACUUGCACGCAACCUAAACAUCCUCACGGGACUUUUGGAAGACUUGCAACAAGCGCCAUCUCAACCGACUGCUGGUGUCACCUCCUAUGUCGAUGUCUGUGACAAAAUAAAUUCUCUGAGUUUGUUCCUCUCGCUGUCGGCAGCUGAGGUUUGCGCCGUCAUUGACACGCGGCCUGAAAGCGGCAGUCUCAUUGCCGCUCAGGAGGAGCGCCAGCCUCCCUCACAGACGUCCCUCCUACAGGCAAGAGACUUCCUCAUGGUCAUCAGCAGCAAAUGUAAGAACAUCGCCCACAGAACUGGUCAGGUGCUUGCUCAGUUUUCAGAUGACUCGCGACCGCGGAUAGUGAACGCGGCUCACGUACAGGCGCUGCAAUCCUUGAAGUGUGAACUUGGUGACGCGGCUGAAACUCUCAUGCAGGCCGUGGCUCUUUUGGACCCAGAGGCGCGCGGCCACACGUGCCUCACACGUCAGCUGCUGGUCUGGGUCUCAUGCUGGUCCCAGGCCUCGCAGGAGGUUGAUAAUUGGUUGCAGUCCGCCGAAGUGCGCAUGCCGAGCAUCGAGCACGGCGACACUGACAUGGCUUAUGUGGCAGAAGUCGAGAACUGCACCAGUGCGGCACUCUACGCCAUCCAGUGCCUCUUCAAAAAGUACCAAGAGCGUGAAGCUUCCUCUGAAGCUGCCCUUGGUGACGAUGUUAUUUCAGAAGCAAUUGUAGCGUCCCUCUUGGCUGACAUUAAAUCGAUGAAGCUCAACUACGUGGUGAAAUGCCUCACGAGUUUGGUUGAGGGUGUGUCCGAUUCUUGUGAUGCUCAUGUUCUACAUAAUCUACGGCAGAUGCACUCCCUGUUAGCCCAAUACGCCACCCUUGGCGAUAAUUUGCUGCUCUGCGCCGCUGCGGCUGGCCGCAGUCUAGGCAAGCUGUUCUCGGUUCUGCUGGCUGUGUUCUAUCAGAUGGCCAAUAAAGGUUUUUGCAAACCCCAGGACCUGCAAGAAGAAGGAGGCGCUGAAGGCAAGCUUUCUUUUGAAGACGAUGAAGACUCCGAAGCCGCUGGUCUUGCUGAGGGUGAGGGCAAAAAGGACAUGUCCGAUAAAUUGGAGUCAGAAGAUCAGCUCGAAUCUGCAUUACAAGAGGGACAGAAAGAGAAACCCGGGGACAAAGACUUGAAGGAAGACAACGGAGUGGAAAUGAGUGAAGAUUUCGAGGGCAAGUUGCAGGACAUGGAGCGUCCUGAGAUAGACGAGCAAGACGACGAAACUGAGAAAGAGGAUGAGAACAAAAUGGACGACCAAAUGGGCCAGACCGAGCAAGGUGCCGAGACUCUCGACAAGAAGCUGUGGAACGACAAAGAAGAGCAGGGCGAGGGCAACGAAGAGGAAGAGGAACUUGAAGAAGACGAUACGGCAGAGGCCGGAGACGAUGAAAGGGAGAGCCAGAUCGUCGCUAAAGAUAAACACAAAAACCAGAAGAACGACAAGAAAAACAAGAAAGAGGAUGAAGAAGACGCACAGCCGAAGACUGAUAAGCCAGAGGAAAUGGAGGAAGACCGACGUCAGCCUAACCAACCCACGGAAGAGGAAGACGAUGAAGAAGACGAAGGAAACUUCGAGGAUCGUCUUGCUGGUGAGGAAAACAAGCCUCAACACCAGCCUGACGAGGAUCAAAACAAGAUUCCCGAUGACUUGAACCUCGACGAAGCAGAGGAAGAUAAGCCUGAUGACGAAGGCGACCAUGACAAAGAAGACGAAGAAAACCCUCUUGAUAUCGAAAAGAAGGCUCUCUUCCCCGAGGGUAAGGACUUGGAAAACAAAAAUGAGGAGGAAAAGAGUGAAGAGAAUGAAGACCUACCUGAAGAAGAAAAUCAAGAGAAGGAUGGAGAAGAGGGCGAAAAAAAUCUGGAUGAGAUGGAAAACACAGAUAAAGACUUCAAGGCUGAAGAAAUGGACGAAGAAAAGGACGCAGAGGAAAAGGAAGAGAGAGAAGAACGGCGCAAGAAUGCUGGUGAGGCUGAGGACGAAGGUCCCAAACUCCAGCAUGAGGAGGAGGAAGAGAAGGAUGAAGAAAAGAAUAAUGAAAUCGAAGCUUCCAAAGACCGCGACACCCAAAAUAACGCCGAAGCCGCGCCCAUGGACGUUGACAACGCUAGCAAAGACAAGACUAAGGAGGCGCCCAAGACGGACGACUCUGGCCAGGACCGCGACGAUGACCUCGACGAGCAGGACGAAGCAGGGGAGUCUGGGGAGACGACGCAGGAGAGCCUUGGCGUAGGGCAGUCUCAGGCACGUCCUCAGGACGAAGAAAUGCACGAAGGCGACACGUCCUGCGUCACAAGGGACUCAGAGCGCCCCAACGCCCCCCUCCCGGAGCAGCGACGGCAGAAGCAGCGCAAGCCUGGCGAUGUUGACGAGCGUAAAGUUACGGGCGAUCCUAACGAGGAACUUCGUCGCGGCCUCCUGACGAGCACGCAUAAAGACUUACACAAGGAGGACGAGCCUCAUGACGAGGCCGAGGACAACUGUGAUAAUAAAGACGCACCACCUGAAGACUCGUCACAAAUGAGGGUGAUCAAGCAGGCGGAUGAGGAGGCUGAAGGUCAGGCAGUCGAUGCCGGCACAAGAGACCAAGCCAUCGAGGCCCCCGCCCCCCAACAGGACGAUGACGCCUCAGAGCCCGAGGAGGAAGGCGUGCAACAACAGCUCAUGGAGGUGGACGACGACGAAGAAGAAGAAGACUCCAGCAAAACAGAGAAACUGGAGGCUGAGAAGCAGCGAGGUAGAGGCAAGGAGCACAAACAAGGACUGGAGACAGAGAGGGGAGAAGGAGAGAAGCUGGAGGACGAGAAGAUGGAGACGGAGGGGGAGUUUGUGCUGGAGCACACGGUGCAGCGGCCUCCAGAGACAUACUUCCACACGCUCCUGGAGCAAGAAGAACUAACGACGGAGGCGCAGUUCGAGGAUGACGUACAGGCGACGUCAGCACGUCUCGAGGCGUCUCGCCUGGCGCUGACACGUCCUGACGAUGAUGCCUGCCACUCCUGGGCGACGCAUCAGGCGCAGGUGGCGCCCUACGCCGCCCAGCUGUCUGACCAGCUGCGCCUUAUUCUCGAGCCUACCGAGGCGUCUAGGCUAAAGGGAGACUACAAGACUGGCAAGCGCCUCAACAUGCGCAAGGUGAUUGGCUACAUCGCGUCCCACUUCCUCAAGGACAAGAUUUGGCUGCGACGCACGCAGCCCAGCAAGCGCGCCUACCACGUCCUGCUCGCCAUCGACGACUCCGAGUCCAUGAAGGCCGUGCGAGCAGAGGACUUGGCAAAGCAGAGCAUCUCGCUCGUGUCGCAGGCGCUCACGAAGCUGGAAGUCGGAAAGUUUGGUGUGGUAUCCUUCGGAUCCUCGACGACCCUUCUGCAUCCUCUAGACGAAUCCUUCAGUGACGCCUCGGGGGCUAAAGUCUUCGCGAACCUGAAUUUUGAGCAGCAGGAGAGCAAGUUCGUGGAGCUGCUCGAGUCAAGCGUGGCGCUCUUCAGAGAUGCGCGAGGCGGAACUGUCGCUCACUCGGACACCGCUCAGAUCCUGCUCAUCGUGAGCGACGGUCAGACACACGCUCGCUCCGAGGCAUUGCGAGCCGCCGUUCGGGCCGCGCGCAACGACCGCAUAUUUGUUGUCUUCUUCGUACUCGACGCUUCCGAGAACCACUCAUUUUAUGACAUCAAGGUCUGGGAUAACGUCCAGCUUACUCUCAAGCCCCUCGCCGAGGAGUUCCCUUUCCCCUUCUACCUCGUCGUGAGGGACCUGGCCACGUUGCCGCACGUCCUGGCUGACGCUCUCAGGCGGUGGUUUGAACUCGUUACUGCUGACGUGGCUAAUUAGCGACGAUGACAAUAUAGCUAUACAUGCUCAUUGCCCACUUUUGAGAUAUGGCUGUUUCACUAUUGUUUAAGAGUACAUCAACCGCCGUCAAAACUAUUCAUUUUUCAAGGCCAAAGUUAUCUCUAAUUGACAAAGGAUUAAAGAUCCACGCUACCGCAUUCAAGACUUUGUUAAGGAGUCGACAUAGCCUAUUGUUAAUCAAAGUGACUUAGCGGUCACUGUCCUGAAUUACUUUGAUAUCUCAUGUUACUGUCAUGAAUGUAGAUACUGUAAUUAUUGCUUACCUCUUUCUUGCCAUUCACUAAUUGCGUACCAAGAUCGUUUUGAAGUGAGCGUACGUGUCCAAGUUGACAACUGUUGUGUCUAUAACUAAAUGCGAGGUGGAUCGUGAUAUAAUAAAAUCCACUGCAGUUGCAUGUAACAUUUACCAUUUUCCUGUAAGUAGUUCAAUUUCAUUCUUAUUUAUGCUUAGUGAUAGGGCUUUUGAAUCAUGUUACUGGAAGCACGUCGUUGGUAAAUAUGUAAAUGCAAUGAAGUAUUGAACAGUAUAUUUUUAAUUCUUCAUCAUUUAUCAAGCAUUCAAAAAUGUUUACAUCGAACAAGUUUAUUCCAAUACCCUUCCAUUGUUUUACCAGGCAGAAGAACACCUUGUGAAGUAUAUUUCCCUCCCACUGCG